AUGAAGUCCAGCAUGAAGCAGUGGCGGAGGCUGAUGCUGUUGGGAAUUAUGGCAUGGGUUCUCCUCUUCUUCGCCCUCCUUUCUUACUUUCUGGAUGCUCGUCCCGACGAGACCCUGACCUCUGCUAGCUCUUUACUCUCCCAGCACCCUGACACCCGUCGCCUGACUUCCAUACAGUCCUCUCAUCCACAGCAUAACAUUGUGGGGUCCAGACAUGAAUUGGCGUCCACCUUAACCACAUCCUACCCUGGAGAUGAACCAGAGCCUUCCAAUUCCCCAGAUUUCAGCCAGGAGGUGAGCCACAGUCCUAACAGUGCACCCUAUGCCAUUUAUGGUAGCCAGGAGGCCAGUCGCCAGGAAUACCUGGACCCCCAGAGCCUGGCUGCCUGGUCCUCAUUUGGCACAGAAAAUGUGGAUUCACAUUCUGACACUGUUUUCCAGAGUCGUGAGCGAAUUUCCGAGACAGCAGAGUAUCCAAACCAUGUCAGUGCUCCCCGCAACCAUGGAGGGGAGGAAGAGGAAGAGGAUGAUGAGAGGGAAAACACAAACAAAGAACAGGGAAACAGAAUGAGGACUACACACAGGAGGGUCAGUAGUGACUCCUCUGAUCGGGGGCAAUAUUAUUUCACUAAACCAGCCUCUGUGUUGCAGCGCUUGUGGCGAGGCCGAAUGUCGGCCGACAUGCUGAACCCUCGACUGCAGCAUGCUAUGAAGGAAUAUGUGAGAUCAAACAAACACCGUGUCUCUUACAAGGGUCAUCGCAAAGCUGCCCAGAGUGCCAAAGAGCUUGUAUGUCAGAUGAAAGCUCAGGCCCAGCUGAGGACAGUGGACGGGUUGGAGGAGCCCUUCGCCUCACUUGGCUGGGCUCGUCUUGUGCCAUCCCUUCCCCUCGACCAACUGUACAGGCGGCAGGACAAGAGCAGCUUCAAGACCUGUGCGGUGGUCACCUCGGCCGGGGCCAUUCUGCACUCAGGACUGGGCAAAGAGAUUGAUUCUCAUGAUGCAGUUUUGAGGUUCAAUUCUGCACCUACAGAGGGGUACGACAGAGACGUGGGGAACAAAACCACUAUCCGCAUCAUCAACUCGCAGAUUCUGGUCAAUCCCAGGUAUCGAUUCAACACAAAUUCUAUCUACAGGAAUGUGACCCUGGUGGCCUGGGACCCUCCACCUUACUCUCUCAAUUUACAUAAGUGGUAUGCCAGUCCAGACUUCAACCUGUUCAGCCCGUACGUGGAGUAUCGCAAGCGCAAUUCUGGCCAGCCCUUCUACAUCCUUCACCCCAGCUACUUGUGGAAACUCUGGGAUGUGAUUCAAGGCAACACUCAGGAGAACAUCCAGCCCAAUCCUCCCUCAUCUGGCUUCAUAGGAAUCCUCAUGAUGAUGGCGCUGUGCGAGCAGGUGCAUGUGUACGAGUACAUUCCCUCCUUGAGGCAGACGGACCUGUGCCACUACCAUGAGCGUUAUGUCGAUAUUGCCUGUACACUGGGUGCCUACCAUCCCCUGUUGUUUGAGAAGAGACUGAUCCAGCGGAUCAACACAGGUCCUGAGAGUGACCUUAAGAUGAAGGGACGGGUCACUCUUCCAGGCUUCAGCACCGUCAACUGUGACAAAUGA